UGACAGUCCGUUUCCAUUUUCUUGACGUGGCGAGCGAGAAAAAUUAUGUGAAAACUCAUUUACUUCCUCACCGGGAUACAUUUGAGUGCAUAAACAAUCACAAGUGAGUUUCAGAGGUGCUGAGCAAGCAAAGGAAAGUGCAAUGGGUGACUCAGCGAAGGCAUUGCCGGGUCAGGAUUGCGAGAUGACUGGUUGGCUCCUGAAGUGGACUAACUACUUGAAGGGCUACCAGCGACGCUGGUUUGUCCUCUCCAACGGAGUCCUGUCCUACUACAGGGCUGAACAUGGAACCGGACCUAAUAUGGGCGGUCGGAGUGCCGGGGGCAAAUUAUCAAUCAGACGUCGGAGAAAGGGCCCCCGACAGGAGAAUCAGGCUGAAAUGUCUCACACAUGCCGUGGUACAAUAUCGCUGCAUGGGGCUCUAAUUCACACUGUGGACUCUUGCACGUUUGUUAUAUCCAACGGGGGCACUCAGACAUUUCACAUUAAGGCCGCCAAUGAAGUGGAGCGCCAGUCAUGGGUAACAGCUCUUGAAUUGGCCAAAGCCAAAGCCAUACGAACUAUGGAGAGUGAAGAGGAGGAGGAGGACAGCAACGCAUUGGCGAUUCCGAGUGAGGAAUUGAACGUGGUCAUUCGUGAUUUAAGUGCCAGGUUGGAAAAUUUGAAGACUUGCUACGAUCUGAUUUCAAAACACGGUUCGGCUCUCCAGAGAGCUCUGGCUGAUUUGGAGAAUGGCGAUGAUUUGGCGACUAAGACGAAAAUUGUCAACGAGAGAGCCACUCUCUUCCGAAUAUCUGCCAAUGCGAUGAAGAAUGCGUGCUCGGAGUAUUUGCAAACAGCCCAGAGUCAGGGUCACAAGUGGUCGAAGAUGCUGCAGCAUGAGCGAGACCAGAGGCAGCAUUUGGAGGAGAUGGUGGAACAAUUGGCUCGACAGCACUCUCAUCUCGAGCAAGCGGCUCAUCGUCACCGGCCCAAUGUGGCCACAUCAGCAACAUCGGACGAUGAAGACAAUGAAUUUUAUGAUGCACAAGAGGAAGGAGUCUCGACAAACAAUUCGCAAGAAGACAGUUCGUUCAUACUGAAGAUACCAAUGACACAUCGAAGGGGAUCAAAUGAUGCCACGGGCAGCUCGUCGGAGGGUGAGGAUGCGAACAGCGAGACUCAGCAGGUGUUGGUGGUGACGGAGAAAACGAAGGAGAACUCACUGGAUGCUGUAGAUCGUGUGUCAAAUGCAUCACAAUCCAUGUCACUGGUGUCGACGCCGAAGGCGAUUAGGAAGAGACGAACACGAGUUCCGGACAAGCCCAAUUAUCCACUGAAUUUGUGGUCAAUCAUGAAGAAUUGUAUUGGGAAGGAGCUGUCGAAGAUACCAAUGCCAGUAAACUUCAAUGAGCCACUGUCGAUGCUUCAGCGACUGACGGAGGACUAUGAGUAUGCGGAUUUGCUGAAUAAGGCUGCACAGUGUGAUGAUCCGUGUGAGCAAUUGGCAUAUGUGGCUGCAUUCACCAUUUCCAGCUACUCAACGACGAGCAAUCGCACCGGGAAGCCCUUCAAUCCACUUCUGGGUGAGACGUACGAAUGCGAUCGACUUGAUGACUUGGGCUGGAGGUGUGUGGCCGAGCAGGUGUCACACCAUCCGCCCAUGGCGGCGAUUCACUGUGAAGGCAGAGGCUGGUCUUGCUGGCAAGAGUUCACGAUGACGACCAAAUUCCGUGGGAAGUACCUUCAAGUGAUUCCUCUUGGUGUCGCCCAUGUGGACUUCAAUGCAACGGGACAUCGGUUCACAUGGAGAAAGGUCACGACGACGGUUCACAAUAUAAUUGUGGGCAAACUGUGGGUGGACCAUCAUGGAGAUAUGGACAUUGUGGGGGAGAACAGUGCCACAGGAAUAAAAUGCCAUUUGAAAUAUAUUCCCUACUCCUACUUCACACGUGACACCCAGAGGCGCGUGAAGGGGGUCGUGAUGAAUGCUGACGGUCAGGUGAAGUGGGUGUUGAACGGUACGUGGGACAAUAAGAUCGAAAUAGCUCCCGUGAUAUCGACAAAUGGCACCAAAGACAGUCCAAUCUAUAAGACGGGCAACUACAAAACCAUCUGGUCGAGACGUCUGCCGCCGCCAGAUAGUGAUAAGUAUUAUAGUUUCACAACGCUAGCAUGUCAAUUGAAUGAAUGGGAAGAGGGUGUUUCGCCAACGGACUCGCGAAGGAGGCCCGAUCAGAGACUUAUGGAGGAGGGCAAAUGGGAUGACAGCAACGCAGAAAAAGUCAGACUUGAGGAAGCACAACGAUUGCGCCGAAGGGAGCGAGAAGCGGAGGCCGAGAGUGCCGCAUCCGAGGGACGUCCAUAUCCGCCCUACGAGCCCGUAUGGUUCACGAAGCUGAAGGAGGAGGGCAACGAUACACUGUCGCAUGUGUUUAAGGGGAACUACUGGGAGUGCAAACAGAAGCAAGACUGGUCAAAGUGUCCUAAUAUCUUUUGAAGAAGUGGAUUUCUGCACGCCCAGGACGUCACACAUUGUGCAGAUGUAUAGCAAGAAAAACAAACAUUAUUAUCUACCAUGAAAAUGUAAUUUUGUAUAUUGUGAAAAUGACAAUUUUCAGUGAAAUAUCGCAAUUUGCAUUACAACCAACAAAAAGAAAGAAAGAAG